AAUUGACGNAGUACGCGGAGGAAGCGCUCGGAGAUGUGGUGUACGUCCAGUUGCCUGAUGUGGACCAACAGUUUGAACAAAACGAUGAAGUCGGGGCCGUCGAGAGCGUGAAGGCCGCCUCUGAGAUAUUCACUCCCGUUUCCGGACGUAUCGCACAAAUCAAUGACAAACUCGAAGACAAACCCGGUUUAGUGAACUCUUCGUGCUAUGACGAGGGCUGGCUUUUUAAGAUUAAAUUGUCUAAAAUGGAGGAAUGGGAUCAAUUGAUGGACGAAGACUCGUACCAAAAGUUUUUAAUAUCGAUUAAGGAAGAAU